AUGCUUUCCAUUUGCUUUGGAAAUGCUGCUCCGAUAGAUGGCGAAAAGACGGGAACAAAUCUUAUUUCAACAAAUUUCGAUAAAACAAUUGCAAAGGGGAUGUGGUUAGUUGAAUUCUUUUCACCUUAUUGUGGACAUUGCAAAAAGUUUGCUCCGACUUGGUCGCUACUGGUUGGAAUGAAUGAACAUUUAGCAGAUUCAUCAGACUUUCAUUUCGGUAGGGUUGAUUGUAUUGCACAAGGCGAUUUAUGCACUUCAAACAACAUUCAAGGUUAUCCAACUGUUCGAUUGAUCCUUGAUGGUAAAAAGGUCGAAGAAUUCGAAGGAGAACGAACAUAUGAAGCAUUAUCGACGUUCAUAUUAACGCAUGCAAAAGAACAUAAAAGUCAAAUCGCUGGAUUCAAGCAUCUAUAA